AUGGGAGACACCGUCGGCUCUUCUCCGGCUAAGCAGUGCGUGCCGGAGACGUGGUGGACGAGUUUUAUGAAGGGCGACACUGCGGCGCACAGUUUCCAGGUCACGGGCUUCUCUCUGCUCGACGGCAUGGGCGGCGGCAACUUGGUCUCGUCGAGCACGUUCAGAGUCGGCGACUGCGAGUCGGACAUCACCUUCUACCCAGAUGGGUGGAAGGUGGACGGAGGUGCCCACGCCUCAGCCUUCUUGCGUCUGUGCAAAGGAGAACCAGGGUUGCCAAAAAUGCUACACUUACGGCAUUCUAGUAGGGACUGGCUUCACGGACUGCCAGGGUUGCAGACCAGCUACACCCUGAGUUUAUUGGGCAAGGACGGCCAAGUGUUUGAGCAAGUGAGCCUAGAGCAUGUCUUCAAAUCCACAGGUACCUUUUGGGGCUAUGAGCGCUUCGUCAAGAAGUCCAAGCUGCAACGGUUGGUAUCCCGCAAUGACGACUGUGUGACGAUCAGGUGUGUUUUGACUGUCAAGAGGAAGCAUCGCACCGAAGAGGUGCGCGCCUUGACCAUCCUAACCCCACCGUCAAAUCUGCACGAAGAUAUUGCAAGGAUGUUGAAGGACGAGGACGGCGUGGAUGUAGCGUUCGUCGUGGGUGAGAAAUUGUUCCGUGCUCAUCAACACAUUCUGGCGGCACGGUCGCCGGCCUUCAAGGCAGAGCUUUUGGACCCAAUGACAAAGGAGGACCCUACAAACCCCGUCAAUGUUCAUGACAUGACGUCCGACAUCUUCGAGGCACUUCUUCAUUUCAUGUACACUGAUACACUCCCACAUGGUAGCGAUCUUGAGAAAACCGGGAUAUUGUGGCGUUUGUUGGCUGUCGGAGAUUGA